AUGACGGAUGCCGAAGAGAAGGAAAAAAAGGCACCAGAAAUAGGGAGUUCAGGGUCUGGGACAUGUCAUCAUGGAUCUAUGUCACCAAAUGUACGACGCAUGUACGUGACGUUGCGUGUGGCUGCUGUGUUGUUAUGGGUACCGCACUCAAUGGCGUUAAUGUACGUUGUUGCCACCACCAACACCGCCAACAGCAUCUCAACGCUGUUUUACGUGUUAACGUGUAGUCUAUUCAUGAUUGCCGUCACGUACUACUUCGCGGUUUACAAACAGUGUGGGGAGUACCUGCUGAUUAUUUCAUGGCUGUUUGGUGUGCUGAGCGAGGAGGCGUGGGUUUUCAUGUUUCCCGAUACGGUCGCCUUUGCUCAGCGCAGCCGGCCGACCUUUUUGGCGGCCCCCGUUGUGGCAGGUGGAGGAGGGGGAGGAGGAACGAUUGUGCAUGCAGGCGGGAGUGGUGGUGGUGGUGGUGUUGAGGAUCACGACAGCCCACGCUUUCUGUGGAUUGCUGUGUCGAUGCUGCAGGGUAUCGUUGGUGGCAUCCUGUGUAAGAUGAAAGAUAUUGACGAGGAUCGUUACUACCCCACACAUGCCAUCGGGGAACGGCUGUAUGUUGUGGUGCCAUUUUGUACCGGGCAAUGGCUAAGCUUUAUUCUACAGAAUGGCUGGCGUGGUAUUGUCGUGGAGAACCUUACGAUACUUCUUUCCCUUGCCAUGGUGGGUUAUUGUGUCAUUGGCUACAAAUUAUUACAGGAGCACACAUCAUUAAAGAGAGGUGACUUGAUUGGAUUUGUGGAGGAAUUAUUAACAACAUCUUUUGGCGUUGUGUUUGCGGUAAUGUUAUUUGGUAGCAUUUUUGUGACAUUAUUGGCAAUUCCAUUUUUGAAAUCACUUUUUUCACUCAACGCACUUGUAAGUUCAGCGGGUAUUAUAUUGGAAUAUAUCGUGUACGAGGUGGCGUAA